AUGUGCAACAGCACAAGUUACCACUCUACCCUCAACAUAUUGCAGCCCGGGAAACUCUGUUUUGCAGGUUCUCAACUCGGACAAACUCUACAAUCUUCCAGACUGGUGUUGUCAUCUUCAGUGACAAGAGCAAGGUCAUGCUUGGGAGCUCAGAUGGUCAUUGGUGGUGAUAUUGUUGUCAUGGUGAGGGUGUCCUCAAGCUGCCUCGGGUUCAGAUGGAGGAAAGACAUGGUUAAAGAAACUUUAAGAUCAAUGUUUGGGGUGCCAUUGGCCCACAUGGUGCCAGCUGUCAUAGUUCAGCCACUUUUUCAUCUUAUCAUCAACAAUCUUAUCUUAUCUUGGCAUGGGUUAUCUUAUUGCGGAUCACGGCAUCUGACGGUCCGGGCUAGAGGUCCGGGGGAUUAUCUUUACUGA